AUGGAUCAGAAUCAAACGCGGGCAUCUGGGUUUAUCGAUACGUUGUGGGAGGAAGACGACUACUUGGAAGACAUCAUAGACCAUCUUGCUUAUAUGGAGGAUGUGACUUUGCCAAGCAUUCUCAUGAUCGAAAAGCAAGAACAAAUCACGUGGGACCUACGGUCAAAUCUCAUCGACUUUGUCACCCGAUCACAUCAGCACUUUCGUCUUCCCUCGCACGUGCUAUUUUUAUCUAUCAAUCUCAUUGAUCGAUAUUGCUCAAGGAGACAGGUCUUUAGAGAACACUACUGGUUGCUUGGGAGUGUCGCACUCUUUAUUGCCUCCAAAUAUGGUGACAGGACUGACCGAGGUAAAAAUCUCAGGCCUCUGUCGGUUAGUGAGAUAAGGAAGCUGUGUCACGACAUCUUUGAUGCACAUAUGAUAGCGCAGAUGGAAGUCUCAAUCUUGUACACUUUAGACUGGGUGAUGGGCCAUCCGACAACGGACCAUUACCUGGACUUUUUGCUCGUAGGAGAACCUAGGGGCGGCGAGCUAGCUAGUAUGGCAGCAUACCUGUCGGAGAUCUCGCUUUAUCAUCCAGAGUUUGUCGGGAUCAAGCCUUCUGUUAUUUCUACAUCAUGCUGCAUGCUUGCCAAAAGUAUUCUUUUCGGAACUGUGUCGAUAGGAACAAACACAGAAAUCGUGGUCAUGGAAACUUUGAAUUCCCUUUGGAAACGCCUUCGUCAGCCUCCACCAGCUAUUUCAGAUAAAUACUCAACCCAGAGCCGACACUACGUAGCGCAAACUGUGUUUUAUCGGCUGGCUGGUUAG